UCCAAAUUCCAAUCCCCUUGAGUAGCCUACUGAGAAGUAGCUUUACCGUUAAUACACUCAGCUGGUUUGGAAACAUGAAUCUGUGUGGGAAAUUGUUGUGUGUUUUAACCUUAGCUUCAGUAUGUAUUAUUUUUUACUUCGGGAUUGAGGAAGGGAACGCUUUUCAUAUAGACACUAAGUGUGGCAACAGACCAGACCGGGGUGUGCCAUCGGCGCGGCGAAAACGCUUUCUGGGCUCUGCUGGGGCCCCCGGAGAAUGGCCGUGGAUAGUGUCCCUCCAGAUGCGCUCCUCUGAGUCGGAUCCAUUUGUGCAGCGCUGUGAAGGCGCAAUCAUCCGUAACGACUGGAUACUCACAGCAACCACUUGCUUUUAUGAACUAGAAAACAGAAACCUCUCAAAUUGGAUAGUCAAAACUGGUACGGACGACUUGACGGUCGAUGGCAACUUCACUCAGACAUCUACUAUUGAGGACUUCCUCCUGCAUGCGGAUUACCAUCCCGCCACCAAAUACCAGGACAUCGCACUGGUGAAGCUGGCCACCCCACUGGUCUUCAAUGAUUACGUGGACCGCAUCUGCAUACCUGACACCACCGUGGUAGAGGAAUACAAGUAUGGGGAGUGCUACAUCGCCGGCUAUGACGGGCCUACUGGGGCUGACCCUGGUAUGCUGAAGGAGAGCCAUGUGACGUUGUUCUCCAAUUCGCUGUGCAACAUGAUGACCUGGAGGAAGUUUGAAGUGGCUGCCAAUAUGUUCUGCGCCGGCAACGCCAAGGGAGGCGUAGAUGGAUGUGAGAGCAACAUCGGCGGCCCCAUCAGCUGUUACAUCCCUCACAUCAAGAGAUACUACGUCAAGGGGCUGCGCAUCAGGGCAGACAAGUGUGGUGUCAUCCGGAGGCCCAAUAUCUACCUGCGAGUCAGCCAGCAUUACUACUGGAUCGAAGCACAAAUCGAUAACUAUUUCAGGGGGAUAUAAGACACUGUCCUGGCACUGCAUAUUCACAUGGCAAUACACUAAUUGCAAGACGCUUUUAUAUUUGAAAUGAAAAUCAAAUGUGAUGUUUGAACUGUAAACUCUGACUUCAAAACGUAAACUAAUAGAUGUAUUUUAUGUUU